UCCUUGUGGGGCUUAGCUGAACAGAUUGAAUGGAGAUGGCGAAAGGAAAAGGAGAAGGCACCCCUGUUUCCAUCCAAUCCUAAUACCAACCGGAUGACGGCAAGCAAACCGAUCGGACAAACAUCAGUGCUAUGACCUUUCGGCAAUAUUCGCGAAUGGCUAGUAGUCACAAUGGUUUACGUCCCGCGGGGCUGCAGAUCUUGGCGAUAGUCUAAGCAUAUUCACCAAGGCCCUAGCAUCCGUGUGGAGUUCGCCAUCAUCAAACGGCUGGGCAUGCAGCUUACCUUCCCCUUGGCUUCUCACCAGGUCGGUACACGUCUACUUCGCCUCCUUGCAAGCUUGGCCCACCAAAAAUAGAGCCAUGGAGACGAAAUACCUGGGGUUCUGCCGACGAGUUGGCCAGUGAGAAUAAUGAUUAGCGGGAUAAGCUGUAUCCCUUCUCGAUUGCGCAGUGGGAUGGGUUACGACUGCAGGCCCCAACUGUGGAGAUGCAGCCAGACAAACGAAGAAAGAGGCUGUCUCUAGUCACCUUGGCGUCGAGGGUGAUGCGGUAGCCCACAACGAAACACACCUUCACGAUGAGGACGAAGAGGGAAGAAUGCAUUUGUCUACAAGUAUGCAGCAUGCAACCACCACAAUGGUUCUCUCUUGCCCUUCCUUCUCCCCCAUCCUCACAGCCUCUCACAGCUUGAGAUACCACAUUCCUUCAAACCCUUUCUUUUAAUUUCUUUCUCCUCCUUUUUUUUGUCUGUUCCUUCGCUGCCCAGCAAAGCCAACCUCCACCAGCCCGACAAGAUGCAGUUCAAGAACAUGCUCCUCCUGGCUUCUGCCACCAGCGUCCUGGCCGCCCCCACCACCCUCGAGGCACCCGUCGCCAACGUGGACGCCGCGGUUCCGGCCAUCGAGUUCGGCACGGCCGGCCACAUCGAGACCCAGGCCGCCGCCGAGGAGCCCGAGCACAGCCUCGUCGAGCGCCAGGCCAUCUCGGGCGCCAUCAUCGGCGCCCUGACGCCGAUCCUCCAGGACCUGGCCACCAAGGCCGUCAACGAGGCCAUCAAGCAGGCCGGCAUCUUCAUCAAGGACCUGCGCAACUGGACCGCCGCCCGCGAGGCCUUCACCCAGGCCACCGUCCGUGAGAUGUGGUACAGCAACCCCGACCCGGCCAAGUACCCGGCCGUCGUCUGCUACAACAAGGGCUACCACCUCGAGAGGCCCGAGGGCAUCGCCGGAUGGACCAAGGUCGAGCUCAAGACCGGCUUCCUCCACACCGACUACGACUGCAUGUACAUGGAGGGCAACAACAACUUCUACACCUGGUCCGACGGCGGCUUCAUCAACUACGCCUUUGGCAUCGACAGGAACCGCUGCGAGUUUGACCGCUCCACUGGCGACAUCCUCUGCAGGUAAAUGGUUUUUGCUGUUCCUCCUGAGAGUUAUGUAUGGGCUUGCGAGAUGGAGGGAAUGAAAGAAGAAAGCUGGCAAAUUGCAACGACGAGAGGGAUUCUGAGCCAUGCACAUUCACCCUAAUUUCUAACGGCCAGAAACCUCCCGGUGCGUUCAUGAUGGUCUGUGGUUAAACCUGAUCCCAAGGUCAAGUUGAGUCAACCAACACCUGCAAGUACAACCUGUGUACUUGAAAACAGUCGUAGUGACUGUCACCAACGUGAGAAUGUAUAAUUCUAGCUUUAUAAUACACUCCUUAUCAUCGCA